GAGCUGGAGAUGGAGGGUUGACAUAAAGCGAUGCAGAGAGAAGAGGAGAAAAGAAAAAAGGGAAUGCGCUCAGAUCUCUUCAUGUCAUGGACCUGGAAUAUUUUCGGGAUAUCUCCGUGCUUGUUUUCCUACCCAGCGGUGAAUUUUCUUAACGCGCAGGAGAGCCGUGACUGGCAUCCUCAAAACCUCUGACAUACCCACACACACAUACACACACUCCCCCACACAUAUGGAUACGCACGGACUCAAAAGGAGAUAUGAUUUUUCAGUUAUUUAACAAUCCAUUGAGGGAAAUAGGACCAGAACACCGGUUACGCAUUCACACACCCACGUACUCGCAAUGAUCAGGAGGAUUUGAGGCAUUUUUUCCUUUGCUGCAAAGUUGAGAAGAAAUCUGGGUACUUGAAUCGUGACAGCAUGGAUGGAUUUGGCGCGUUAUUUGGCGCAUUCGGCGUCCGUCGCCCUCCCAGGAUAUUGUGCAGCUGGAAGGUGUUUUUCCUGCUGAGCGUCUUUUUUCGCGACUACAUGAGCUCCUUGCUGGACUGUCCGCCCACCUGCACCUGCUCGCCGACGGAGAUCUUCUGCAAUAAGUCUGACAACAGCAGAUUCUUCCCGCUGCUGUCCUUCCAGGGCACUGGCAGCGGGGGGAACAGCAACGGGAGCAUCGAGGACCUUUUCCAGAACAUCACCUCCAUACACAUUGAGAACUGGACUGGUCUGCAGACGUUGAGGGAUGUGGAUAUGGAGCUCUACACCGGCUUACAGAGGCUAACGAUUACAAGGAGCAAUCUGUAUUCGAUCCAGGCUCGUGUCUUCACCAAGAACCCCCACCUGCGCUACAUAAACCUGUCCAACAACCAAAUGCUGACCACCCUGUCCUGGCAGAUCUUUGAACACCUGCAGCUCUUCGAACUGCAUUUAGAGGAGGUGGUGUUUGCCUGUGGCUGUGAGAUUCGCUGGCUGCAGCUAUGGCAACAGAGAGGGGAGGCGGGGCUAAGCAGCCAACAAUUAAAAUGUCAUGACGGCGGCUUGAAGGAAAUAAUGCUGCAGGAAAUGACCAUUAGCAACUGUGACCUGCCAGAAAUCAGCGUCAGCCACAGCAACCUCACUGUUAAAGAGGGGGAUCGAGUAACGGCCAUCUGUAACGGCUCUGGAUCCCCGUUACCUGAGGUGGACUGGCCCGUCAACGGCCUGCAUUCCAUCAAUGCACAGGAGGCCAAAGUCUACGACAACAACACCAUUCACUCCAUCAACAUAACUUUGGUCAACGUGAGCAGAGACGACAACAACUUCCUGCUAACCUGCACAGCCACAAACAUAGUGGGCAUGACCAACGCUUCUGUCCAGUUCACUGUUCACUAUCCUCCAACCAUUUUGAAGCUUUUGGAGCCAGAACGGCGCCAUGACACGUGCAUCGAGUUCACGGUUCGAGGCUCGCCCCACCCCACCUUACAGUGGUUCUACAAAGAUAAGGAAAUAUCCCACUCUGAGUAUCUGCGUCCUGAUAUGGAUACGUAUCAAGACUACAUAGAAGGCUGCCUAACUUUUAAGAACCCAACGCACCACAACAAUGGCAACUACACACUGGUGGCCAGCAACGAGCUGGGUGAGGCUAUCAGCACCGUGUACGGACACUUCCUGGACGGGCCGAAAUUUGAUGGUUCAGAGACAGAUUAUUAUUAUGUUACCCCGACUGCAGAGACUCACAAACCUGAGGAAGAUACUUUUAGGGUGUCUGUAGCAGUAGGCCUGGCAGCGUUUGCCUGUGUGGUGCUGGUUCUCCUCUUUCUUUUCAUCAACCAAUAUGGACGACGCUCCAAGUUUGGCCUGAAAGGACCAGUAGCAGUGAUAAGUGGUGAGGAAGACUCAGCCAGCCCCCUUCAUCACGUGAACCAUGGGAUUAUCAGUCACUGUACGCUGGAUGGCGGGCCGGACGCCGUGGUGAUUGGAAUGACCAGGAUACCCGUGAUAGAGAACCCACAGUACUUCAGACAUGGACACAACUGCAACAAACCCACCACCUAUGUUCAGCAUAUCAAACAGAGGGACAUCAUUCUGAAGAGGGAGCUCGGAGAAGGAGCCUUUGGCAAGGUCUUCCUGGCUGAGUGUUACAACCUGAGCCCCACCAAGGACAAGAUGCUAGUAGCUGUAAAGACUCUGAAGGACCCGACUCUUGCAGCCAGGAAGGAUUUCCAGCGUGAGGCCGAGCUGCUGACCAACCUCCAGCACGACCACAUAGUGAAGUUCUACGGAGUGUGUGUGGAUGGAGACCCUCUCAUCAUGGUGUUCGAGUACAUGAAGCAUGGAGAUCUCAACAAGUUCCUCAGAGCCCACGGGCCAGAUGCCUUGAUCCUGGUGGAUGGACAGCCUCUGCAGACUAAUGGGGAACUGGGUCUGUCACAGAUGCUUCACAUAGCCAGUCAGAUUGCAGCUGGGAUGAUCUACUUGGCUUCUCAACACUUUGUGCACCGUGAUCUGGCAACCAGGAACUGCUUGGUGGGCAACGGCCUUUUGGUGAAAAUAGGAGACUUUGGCAUGUCCAGAGACAUCUACAGCACAGAUUAUUACAGGGUGGGAGGUCACACCAUGCUGCCUAUCCGCUGGAUGCCACCAGAGAGCAUCAUGUACAGGAAGUUCACCACGGAGAGCGACGUGUGGAGCUUUGGAGUGAUCCUGUGGGAGAUCUUCACGUACGGCAAACAGCCAUGGUUCCAGCUCGCCAAUAAUGAGGUGAUUGAGUGCAUAACUCAGGGGAGGGUACUGGAGCGCCCCAGGGUCUGUCCCAAGGAAAUCUAUGACAUGAUGUUGGGUUGCUGGCAGAGGGAGCCCCAACAGCGUCUCAAUAUUAAAGACAUUCAGAAAAUGCUGUUUACGAUGAUGAAAUCCACACCGGUCUAUCUGGACAUACUGGGAUAGGAAUCGUUUAUGAGGGGAAAGGAGCUGGAUGUAUUCCAUUUUGGACUAGACAUUUAAUGCAAUAGAAAUUAGUACUGACCAGAGAGAAAACUAAUGUCUUGGAGCGGAAGCCUGGACUGGACUCACAGCAGUUUGUGAUGGAAACAUGAUUUGGGAUUUAGGAAUGGACUGUUCCUUACAUCCAAUUGCCUGACAGAUGAAGAUUGGAAAGGACAAACUAAAGUGAAGUACUGUGCGUUGAACUAGAUUGGAAUGAACCGGAUUACAUUGCAUCAAAUUAUAAUCAAAGGAAAUGUCUUGGACCUUGCCUAAAUGCGUCGGGGUUUGUUUGGUCCAGUCUUGAUCCAUUUCAAAUAAACUCAUGUUCAAAGAAUGGACCAUGAAGAUUGGAUUGCCUCACACCCAACUGAACUGGAAUAACCUGAUUGUACUGGUCUGGUAGAGUUUGGUUAGGUACCAUCAUUUCCUACCCUUUACAUCUUCAUUUCAGCCCGUCUUAAUCAGAGCAGCUUUUGUUCCACCUUGAUGAAGCCUGAGAGAGUCUGGCUGAAACUUGGAAUAUAUCAAAAAACCAAGACCUAGAUUGUAUUGAUCUUUCCCCAAACAGUUUUUAUCUUUGUCCUAAAGUACAUCGGAUAAGGGUUGGUUUGGAUCAACUAGCUUGGUUUCAACCACCCUACAUUAGAGCAAUUGAUUGCUCUUUCUUAUUUGGCUUGUCCUUUUGCCUGGUCCUCAAACAGGAAAUCACCCUCAACUUCUACUGUGUAGUACAGAAGGAGUUCAGAAGGAGAACCUGUAUACAGUAACCUAAAGUAUUGUUUUAGCGCUUUUAAAAUAAGAUACUUGUGUGUUCCAGGACAACAUACCCAGGCGUGUCUAUUUGCCUUGAAAAUUGUACAUGCCUUGGUCUUGCCAUUGUUGCUGGGCCAGAUCGGACCUAAUGUCCUUCAUGUAGAACUUGAAAGUGUUUAUGGCAAACGUCGGGAAGAUCUUCAUGAUUCUCCAGUGAUGGAAGUACUAAACAUGCCUGCUAGUUAAAUCUGUUAGUACCUACUUUUGGGUGAGGUUCAACACUGUUCAUUAGAACAUUAAAGAAGUGGGUUAACAAGAACGGACAGAACUCAAGUCAAACAGCAGCUCCUGUGUUUUUAAGUGGCAGUCCAUUUCAGCUCGCUUCAAUGUUUCAUCUCCAAAGCCUCCGUAGAUACACCUUCUAGUACUGGACUCCUGUUACCCUACUGAGCGGUUCACUUGUGGACGAGCCUGACCGGACCUUCCAAUCCCGAGUGUGGCCUGAGUGAUCGUAUGUCGCCAUAGAGAUGGACCUAAGUGCCUCCUACUUCUUUCUAAACACUUGGAACUAAAAAAUAGUAGUCUUUAAAAAAAAAACAGAGCACUUUUACAUUUUGUUUACCUGCUUAAAAAUUGUUCACUAGCUGUAAACCUUCCUCGUUUUUCUUACAAACUUUCAGCAGUCUAUGUAUUACAAAACAAAACUCAAAAACAGAAUAAAAUUACGAAAAAAUGAAGAAAAAUGUUAACCCAUGGGGAAUAAGCAAACAUGAACAAAAGCAAGCUUUUUUGUACCAGCUUUACAAGAAUGUUGAAGGUGAAGUUACGUUUUCUGUUUUUAAAAUGAUUCAUAUUCUAUAUAUUUUUUAUUUAUUUUUAUCUCAAAUCAAAGAGUGGACCUCUGCCAUGCUCCAAAGCCAUUGGAAUAUCCUGCCACUGGGUAUGAAAGAACUGAUCACCACUAAAAGACAAACACUUGGCUGGGAAUAAGCUCUCCAGGAUUACUCAAAAGAAGCCUUUUUGUGUGGUGUUGCAUACCUGGAUCCACUCUGACGUCAGCGAGCUGUUUGGCAACAGGAAGCCAAAACUGAACGGUAACAACGGAGCUACCAGUCAAUGAACUAAACCUUUUUUAACAGAAUGUAUAUAUUGUAAAUCUCUGUCUUAAAAUAUGUUAACUUAUUUACUUUCUCCAGUUCCGAUAAUUUUAAGCUUCUCGAUGUGUUGUUAAACGGUUCAGUGAAAGCCAAUAGUUAUUUUGAUAAUCUUUCUUUCUAGUUGUAAUUACAGGUAUUAUUUACUGUCUGUAGUCAUGCAAUGUCUUUUCUUUUUUUUUAGCAUUUUAAGAUAAUCAACAUUUAAAUCAUCUCUGUUCUUUGUAUUUUUAGAUGCUUAUUUAAUUUGUUCAUGUAUUUAUCAGGGCAGUAGAAGAAAUAUGUGAAGUUAUGGGCCGUUGUUUUAUUAACCUGCUCAGAUUGCAAGUAGUGUUUUAGGUUAAUGAUUUUAAAGAAACAGUUCAGCCUUUUGGGAUUCACAAUUGUUUGCCAAUCACUAUUUGGAUUCAGAUAAAAUACACAUUAGCGUGUGUUUCAUCUCUCUUGUGUCCACUAUGGGUUUUGCCUAUUUAGGAUAUGGAACCAUGGAAAAAUACUACUAAUCAAGGUCCUACGAGAGAGAAACAAUUGAGAUCUGUCGGUCUUCUGUAUGCUAAGCUAAUAAUGGCUUAUAUAGAAAGCUAGUACAAUUUCCAACUAUUUUCAACCAUAAUAUGUCUUAUAUUUUGAUCUUUUACCAUUAUAUUACUGUCAAUUGGUUAUUAUAAACUAAACUUUCCAUCUAAUACAUUUUGGCUACAUAGUUUGCAAUUACUUCUGAUCAGAAAAGCACUCUGAGAGGCUUUAAUGAAAACGGUGGUGUUUGCAGUUUAGCCAGGUACUUCUAAUAUACUGUAUAUAUAGUUAGCCUCACUCACUCAACUGAACGUCCAGAUAUCUCUCUCUGUCCUAACAUAUUCAUGACAUUUUCCCCUGCAGCUUAUUGAAAAACAUUAUGAUUUAAAAUACACCCAUCUGCAACCAAUGCCAUUGGUCCGAUCUCUGCAGGAAUGACCAAUCAGGGCAGGAGGUCAAAGGGAAACCACAUUGGAUCAUAGCCCAUAACAAUUAGUGAAAAUUGUUUCUCACUAGACUCAAUUACACCUACCAGCAAUCAAAAGCCAAUGCUCUGUCUAUUAGCAUGACAGACAAAACCCACACUUAACUGUCGAUGAUUAGCAGCAAAUGACUGCUCGAUGUUUGUCCUACACUAAGCCAUACCUGUAUUAAUGUGUCAUCUGUGUAAAGGUAAAGAAUGGGUCCAAAGGCCACAGGGGAAAAUAAAUAAGGAAGAAUUUAUGGUCUGAUAGCUGUCGGAUAUCUAUAAGUAAGCCACUGUCAUACUAUUCUGUGAACUGUUGUUUGAUAGUUAUGUAACCAAUGUUGAUGUCUCAGAAAUAGUUUCUCAUAAGGUCCUCAAAUAAUUUAAUUCCAGAUACACUUAGCAUUAUCCUUGUAACUGAGAGUAUUCUGGAAGCUCGCCAGGAAGUGUGGAAAUCUUGAUAAAAAUGUAGUAAGAUUAAGCAUAUUUACACACCUGUGCUGUCUGGGAAGAUAUUUUGGGUAAAGUUGAUUCCAAUGCUUAUCUGUGCGGACUUGGGUUAUUAGUAUUAAAUUACAAAUGUAUGGACAAAAUUACAACCAUGAUGUCAGGAUGAAAUAGAGCAAAAGUUAUCUUAAAGCUUGUUUGAAACGUUGGUGGAAACUUUUGCGGCCUAUCUACCAUAUGAUGCAAUUUCUAGUGUUAUUUGAAGCGGUUCUUUUUGGGUUGAGCUGUAACCAUGUCUAAUUCUCACAAGCAUGAAUAUUAUCAAGAUGGAAUUCAAGCAGGGACAGGAAACUUGUGUAAGCUCGAGUAGCUCUUCCUCCUUUUCUUCAAACAACUGAAAAUGUCCGUAGGAAAAUAAGACAAUUUGAAAUUGGUUUUAGAUCAGCGGCUUUAAUGGUUCAUUGCAUUUAGUGCUCACUGCGAUAUUUCUUUCUCUAGAUGUCCUCCAGGAAGUAGGGCUUUACCAGGACUACUAGUUGCCUGGGGGGAGCACCUUUAUUAUAAAGUUGUUGGUGCAUAAGCUCGUGAACCACUUUCUAAAUAAGUGGCCUAGAAAAGGUGUUUGGACUGUGUGUGUCAUGGGGAGGUCUUUGCAUAAUGGUAGAUCAGUGUGUGCUCACAACCAUAGGGUCGCUUGUAUCCAAAUACGCCCACCGUCUGUUAUAUCGUCUUUGAAUUAGCUAUCAAAAAGCCUAAAAAUGUGCGAUACAUUAUCAGCAGAACUGAUUUUGCCACUUGUAUCGUAUUCAAAGAUACAUUUACAGGAACUAGAGUGUGAACCAUGUUAAUGCUCUCUUUAUUAACAGUUACAUGCAGAAAAUGAACCUUUUUCAUUGUCAAUGAAUUUGUUCUGUCAGUACUGCUGGGGAAAGAAUACUCCAAUUAGAAAUCAGGAAUAAUAUACUUUCUCCUUUGGCAUAGCAAAACCUGACAAACCCCUGAGUUUGGAAAACACAACUUGCUAGAUGCUAGAAUUAGGGUCAGGAUUAACUUUUGUACUAUGCUUAAAGACUGGUAAAAUAAAAAAAUGCCUGUUAGAUCACAAUCCCGUCAUAUUGUGCGUCAUUUUUGUAUUUUUAUAUCGAAGGCCAAUCAUCUUUUCUUUGUGUAAAACAAAAUGACAUUUGCUCACAUAGAUAGUACCAACCAACUUCACCAAUGAUAUUAUGGCAUCAAUCCAUUAAUUCAUCUGAUCAAUCAGGGGUGUGUGGACAGCCAGUGCUCUGUAGCUCUUAACCAUGCAACAUCCAAGGUCCACCGUCAUUUUAGCAGUCCCCAAUUUAGAUUUGACAUCCAAAGCCAAUGUAGGAAGUAGCCUGCCUCGCGUUGUAGUGAAUCGAAAAGUCAUGGUGUGGAGGGAGGGAUGUUCAGGGGUUAGGGUUUGUGGUUGUUUUAAAACCAGAAUUGUUUUGUAUGCUACAGGUGUGUAAAGGUUUAACUUUUACCACAUAAAAGUUGCAAUGAACAAACAAUCAAUUCAAAAACUGUGCUACUGAAAGUUACAAAACAUUGGUAUUGAAAAGAAUUCAGGUCCAAUCAAUAUCAACAUUCUGUCUGAUGGUAGGGAUCAUAAUCUGUGGUCAAACCCUUUGACAAAAAUAGUUUAUCCCGCAAUCUACGAAUUGCCUGUACGAUUUAGGGUGUAAUCUUUGUGAGACCCUGUGUUUUUGUUUGGGGAGGUUAAUCCUACUUAGCCUUCAGGACUCUUGAGGAAUUUAAAUGUGGUAGUCUGGCUAAAAGUGUCUAACACCUGAUUUAGUUUCUGAGUUCACCUGUUAACAUACACCGAGGCCCUUCUGGACACCUUUUUUAAUUCCCUAUAAGCAUGCUGCGCUAGUACCUGUGAGCUUCCUGGAGGACAAAACCAGUAUUUCAAACACCUCAAACUCUUCAAUAAACUGACUCAUCACGCUGCUAAAUGUGUCCUGUACGAUCACAGCUUUAAGCUUCCAUUGAGUCUCAGUUGUAUAAUUCAUUACAUCUAUUGGCACUGGCGUAGGAUAUAUUGUUCUUUUUCAUUUAUUUUUUAACAGAACAUUGUUCUUUUCCUCAGUUUGUUCAUGCUAUUGUUAAACUGACAUACUCAUGUAGUCUUCCCCUUUCCUAAAGCGUUUUCCUGCAUCAUGUUUCCAAUAUAAAGUAUUUAAGCCAUCAUUACUCAAUAAUAAUUCAGUGUCGUUCUCUUAUGCUCUCUCUCUGGGGAACGUAUUGUGUACGUGUAUCUGUCUCCAUGCUAUCAUUUAUAACUAUGUAUUAAUAAUUUGACAACCUGUAUGAUGUCUUUUUAAAAAGCUGAGAUGUGGUGAACUUCUAAGGUGGCUUCAUGUAUGAUUCUGACUCAUUAAAAGUUUCUUCAUCUUUGA